AUGGACGACGACGAAAUACCUGACCUGGUCGACGUUUCUCAAGGUGGCGGUACCAUCGGCACUUUGAGAGAUGAGCCUGAAAGAAAGGUGCCCAUCACCAUCAUAACCGAGUUCGGAAACACAACGGAUAUUGAAAAAUCCCUGACUGUCAACCAGAACCACCAGGCCACCACAGAAUGGAUCCCUCUGGCUAACGGGUGUAUCUGCUGCAGCGUCAAAGACUCGGGGGUCGCAGCACUAGAGUCUCUCGUCGAGCGCCAGAAGGACUUUGACUACAUCCUGCUCGAGACUACAGGUGUUGCCGACCCAGGGAAUAUUGCGCCUAUGUUUUGGCUUGAUGAAGGAUUAGGCAGCAGUAUCUAUCUCGAUGGCAUCGUCACAGUAGUCGAUGCAAAAAACAUUCUCAAAAGCCUUGACGAACCUGCACCGGAGGAAUUGCCACCAGAGGAGUCUGACGGCCACCACGAUCACAGUCUCCCUCUGCUCACCACUGCUCAUCUCCAAAUCUCCCAUGCGGAUGUGAUAAUUCUCAAUAAAACAGAUCUUGUCUCUCCAGCCCAGCUUUCAGCUGUCCAAGCUAGAAUAGCCUCUAUCAACAGCCUGGCGCGUAUAGUGCCGACAGACCACUCUCGGGUCACGAACCUCAGUGGUACGAUCCUCGAUUUGCAAGCAUACUCAACUUUUCCCUCCACCUACAGCACAUCCAAUACAAGCGACAACACGAUCCCCGACUUCACCUCCAAGGGUCAUUCUCACCUCGACCCCACGAUUUCAACUGCCACAUUCACCUUGCCCCCCUUCGAUCCGCAAAAGUUACCCCUUCUCUCAGGCUGGUUGGAGGCCCUGCUCUGGGACGCCGAGGAUUCUCAACAGGGAAACGAGCGAAAGUAUGAAAUUCAUAGAACGAAGGGGCUGGUCAGGUGUACAGAUGGGAGCAGCAGGGUUGUGCAGGGCGUGAGGGAGAUCUUUGAGAUCAUUGACCUGCCAAAAUCAGACACUGAUGGUGCCACUGGGUCCAAAGGAGGUCAAGACGAAGAAACGACUGCAGGAGAAGGAAAGAUCGUGUUUAUUGGGAGGAAUCUGGAUUUGAUCACGGAGAUGCGAGGUUGGUGA